CUCUUUUGUAUGCCCACUCGAUUAAUUAUCCCUUCGCAUCUACCACGAGCGCGCGACUCCGAGGACUAUAAUCAAGGACUGCAGUCACAAGAUUGGGAUGUAUCAGACUCGAAUGAGAUCGAGUUCCCAGGACCUGGCACGAGAGCACCGCCUGUAUCGCCGACUCAUGGAGGAGCGGAAGAAUUGCUUCCAUCCGGCCAAGUUGCGGACCCCAUAAUACCGAAACGGUCGUCGAGUAUCGCGUCUUACUGGUCGCUCUUCUCCUCUUACGUACGAAGGGUUAUUUCAGCGGCUUGUCCGCUGUCUUGUCGCCCGGGCGGUGGGAUAGAGCUUACAAGAGCUUCAGCUGGCGGCCGGCCAGCGCAUGUAUGCGUUGUUGAAGUCGCAAUGGAUGUUGAUGUUAUCUUAACUGUUCGAUCUUGGUGGCCGAACGAUCUUUCAAUCGAAGAAGUACGAGAGCACGGGCUGAACCAAGCACAUGCCUCUGCGAGACAGUGGUGGAGAGAGAAUAAUCGUGAAUUUGCUGGCCAGGGAUUGAACCUGCAGGAUACUUCUUAUUUCAGGGUACCCGCUGAUUCAGAUGUAGUGAAGCGAGAUUUGCUGCCGUUGGUGGUGUAUUUUAAUGAGGGUGGCGAGAGUGAUGAAUCUGAUGAUGUCUGGUCGACGCCGUCCUCACGCGCUCCAGACUCAGAAUGUGCCAUAUGCCUCGAUUCGGGCAGUGAUUGUCAUCUACGAGCAUGUCAUCAUGGAUUCCACCAUGAAUGCUUGACGAAAUGGUUCUGCAAAUCUCGGAAGUUGUGUUGUCCGUUGUGUCGUUCCUCAUUGGAUUCCCUGAUCCCUGAGAACGUUCGUUCCAAAGUCGCUGACACGGUGGAAGAAGAGGUUAUUGAACCCGAAGUUAUCACUUUACGCGUUGAAGAGGGCGUGAUUGACUCAGCAGAUUCAGCGGAUUUAAGCCCCGUGAAUGGUUUCUUAUAAGACUGGUGCGACUCCAUGAACCAUUACAUUAGACCGUCGGAAACUCAUUUUAUAUUAUAUCUGGGCGCACAUGCCUUUCCCAAAGGAACUUAGUCGUCUGGAGUCGUAACUAUGU